AGCUGCGCGUGAGGUUCCUCCCCCCGCCUCGCCCCCCUCACACACAGAUACACACGCGCACACACCAGUCCUCUCUCCCGCCAGUUUGUCUGCCGCCACGGUUUGCUCGCGCGCUCCCUCAGGGUGGUGGUUGCUCCCUCGAGCCUCCCUCGCGCGCGCUGGCGGCGAGUUCCAGUUCGGACUCUGCGCCCAGAGGAGGACGUUCCCCGCGAAGGUCGGACGAAAAGAAGCGGUUGGGCUGCCCGGGCUUCGCCGAACCGGGAGGGCACGUCAAGCUCUCCUUCGCAGACCGUUUGGGAACGGAACAACCACCCGCGCGAACGUCUCCUUCGCUUCCCUUCCGCCAUGGGGCUCCCCCUGCUGCUGGGUCUGCUGCUUUACCGAGCCGGAGGAUUUCAAGUUAUGUCCUUUGAGCAGCCAAACAACUGUGUAACAGCUGAGACCCUUUGUCUAGCUGAGCCUUCCUGCAGUGCAACCUAUCAGAUCCUGCAAAACUGUUCCCAGCAUCUUUCUAAGAACAGUUACAUCUUUCUGCACCAUGAAGCCAAGAACAGAUGCACAGAGGCACAAAUAAAAAUGAGAAAUAGUCAUUUUCAGCACUGCAAAUGUCAUCAACAUGCACAGAAGAAGGAAGAUCGGUGCUUGCAAAUCUACCGGGCUGUUCAUUCAACUUUAACACAAGAUGACUUUCAUUUGGAGGUGCUUCCCCAUAGAGAUAUAGCAAACAAAGAAGCUGUGAAGACAAAAUACAACAAGCUGGCAACUCGUGUCUCAGGUUCCCAUAGAACCAAAGGUAGCCCAAAUGCCUGCCUGCUUGCUGCUAAUGUUUGCCAAUUGGACCACAAAUGCAUGCGUCAGCGCUCACAGUAUGCUCAGGCCUGCAGUACAGGAUACCCUUGUGACCAACGCAUAUGCCACCGAAGUCUGAGGCACUUCUUUGAGAAGGUUGGUGUUGAUUUCACCAAGAGGCUCCUGUUUUGUCCUUGCCAAGACGAAUCUUGUGGGGAACGACGCUGGAAAACCAUUGUCCCAGAUUGUUCUUUCCUGAGUAGCAGCAAGCCCAACUGCCUCUUCUUGCUGGACGCCUGCCUCAAGGAUAAUGUCUGCAGAUCCCGGCUGGCUGGUUUCCAAGAAAAAUGCAAAUCGUUACAGGCAUUCACAGAUGGCUGCUCUCCACUGAAUUAUGCAGCAUGCCUGCAGGCUUACAUGAAGAUGAUUGGUACAUCUUUGACCCCCAAUUAUGUGAGCAAUUCCAGUACUGAGAUCACACUUUGGUGUUCCUGCACAAACAGUGGCAAUAAUAAAGAGGACUGUGAUCAAAUCUUUAACUUAUUUUCCAGAAACAAGUGCCUCAAUAAGGCAAUCCAAUAUCAGAUGAAUCUUGGCCAAAAGAAUAAGGAGGUGCAGGACCAGCCUCAAUUCACCCCUUCCUCAGACAUUCAAGGAGAUGGCACCAGCACAAUGUUCACUGAAAAACUGUAUCAGGAACCUGAGGAGAAGGAGAAGAAAGAUUCAGAAAUUCUUACCCUCAACCAAAAAUCAACCCGAAAUUCUGAAUAUCCCAGAGCUCAGUUUUCCUCACUCAUCUUGAUCUUAACCUUAGUCUUCUUAUUUCUUGGCCCACCUUAACCUAACCUGAAUUUCAUUGCUACUAUUGUAUAUUUCCUUGAGAAGGGGAAAAUGACAGUUUUAUGCAGAGAAGGAAGCAUUGGUCCCUGCAUAUUUGUUUAACCUUCUAUCAGCACAGUGGCUCUUUGACUCAUUUUUGUACACAGCUGCAAUAGAAGCCAGUGGGAGAUAAUGGGGAGUUCAGAUUACCUCCUCCUCGAAAAAAAAGCAAGGGGAUAGGAGAUUCUAGGGAACUAGUUUUUAAAAUCUAAAUCACGGUAAAAAUUUCAUAUUCCAAGAUAUCCUCUUUGAGAAGACAAAGAAAAACUGGUUCAUCCUUAGUCUGUUAAAUGAUGUACAAUUUCUGGCCAAAGAAAAACCUCAACAUCUGGAUUGUUUUCAGGACUAUGUUGUAGAAUAGUCUUUUUUUUCUAAUCAGCCAAGGCAAAAAUAUUAUAUUAAGGGCAUGAUACUGAACAUGGUUUCUUGUUUAUCCAACUAACCUUAAUGUAUUAACUACAGGAAAUUUAAAUCACCUGAGCCAAGAUGGAUUUAUGUAUUUUUUUCAAUAAAAUGGAUCUUUCUUAAUAAUAGCUAUAAAAUCCAGAUUUUCGCAAGAGUCCGCAUGCAAGCUAAGAUUUUAUGCACAACAGAUUCCUAGAUGCGUCAAAUGUUGUUUGCCAUAAGUUAGCAUCCAACUCCUUACAUACCUUUCUGUACAUUGUGUAGAAUUAAAAGUUAUCCAUGAUCUGACAAUUGUGGGCGUAGAAACUGUGAUAUUAUAUGUUGUUCUUUUAAACUGCAAUGGUAUGUUGUAAAUGCUGUUUAUAGAUUUACUUAUUUACAUUUCUUAUAUGGACACUGCCAUGAGAAACUUUCAAGUUUUGAAAGAACUAUCAAGUAAACCCAGUAGUUCUUCACUGCAUCUCUUUCCUUAUUCUAAAGAACUGGAAUGUUGUGGCUGUGAAGUUGCCUGUCAUGUGCAAGGAUUAAGACUGUGCUGCAUUCCAUAGUGGUGGUUCUUCUAAAACAAAGUUAUAACACAACAUAUAAUUGUAAUAAUUCUCUACAUCUUAGCAUGUUGUGCACUUUUUUUAUUGUGGUAUAAAUUUUGUCUUCUGAAUGUGAAGGAUGGAGGUUCAUUUUCAUUUACUGUAUACUUACUAUCAAAAAAUGGAGUUCUUAUUUGCACAGAUUCUUACACCAUUCUGCUGUAAAACAAUGGCACCUAUUAUGGAAAUUAUAAAAGGAUUUGUCCCAACUUUUUAAAUUUGCAAUUAUAUUU